UUGCAUACCUUCCGGAACUGUUCUCGUUCUAGGUUUUUGUUUAUUGGGGAUAGAUUUUAGGCACGCACAGUAAUGUUGCACCAACUAGUAACGUGAACGCAACUACUGAACUUUCAGCCAUGGCAACGGUGGACAUGGAUCCCGAGGUGGCACGGGGGUUGUUUGAGGAGGGGGCGACCGUGGUACUGCUGGGGGUUCCCGAGGGCACUGAGCUGGGCAUUGACUACAAGAGCUGGCAGGUCGGGCCUCGCUUCCGCGGGGUGAAGAUGAUCCCACCAGGUCUCCACUUCCUCCACUACUGCUCCUCUAACGCACCAGACCGCGGGGGUGAAACAGGCCCGAGAACAGGCCUCUUCCUCACCCUGAAGCCCAGAGAGAUCCUGCUGGCCCACUGGGACCCCAAAGAGGAGGAUCUGGACUUCUCUGCCACUCAGAAUGAAGAUGAGGUGGGUCGGGUCCGGGCAGUCCUCCGAGACCUGGACCCUUUCCUGGGGCCCUACCCGUACGAGGUGAUGCGGAAAUGGGUCUCCCUAACUGACAGGGUGAACCAGGAGCUGGCCACCAGACUGCAGCCUCUCUCUGGGCGUGUGUGUGCCUUCAGCGACGUGAUCCCAGAGCUCCAGCUCACACACACCAAGGAUCGCGACGAGCAGAACCUGCCCAGGAACGACACAGAGUGUCAGAGCAUGAGGGAGGGCCUGGACAGGCUUCCCAGGAUGAAGCCAAGAGAGGGGACUGAGCUGAGGUUCUCCCCCAUCCCCAGGCAGACCUAUCCUCCUGGGGCCACCCCAGCCCAGAUCACCCAGUGCAGCCUGGACCUAAGCUAUGCCCUGGACAGUCUGCUAGAGAAACAUCACCAGCAGCAGCCACUCAACGUGCUGGGUGAGCUGCAGUUUGCUUUUGUGUGUUUCCUCAUUGGGAAUGUGUAUGAGGGCUUUGAGCACUGGAAGCGCCUUCUAGCCCUGCUGUGUCGCAGUGAGGAGGCCAUGCGUCAACGCCGGGAUCUGUACCUGGGCCUCAUCGCUGUGCUCUACCACCAGCUGGGAGAGAUACCUCCAGACUUCUUUGUCGACAUCGUGUCCCAGGACAACUUCCUCACCUCCACGCUACAGGACUUCUUCCAGUUUGCCUGUGGGCCGGGGGUGGACGGCACCCUGCGGAAGCGGGCAGAGAAGUUCAAGGCCCACUUGACCAAGAAGUUCUGCUGGGACUUUGAGGUCGAUCCUGACGAUUGUGAUCCUGUCGUAGUGGAACUGCCUGAUGGGGUCACACUGGACUGAACACGCUCAGAAUAUUAUCCAGGUUCCUGGGUCAGCGGAGGAAACAGGACUGAAACCUAAUUUUAAAAGAAGAGCGAGGACUUCUUUGUCUCAUUUCUUUCCAGUGUGUUGCCUUGAAUGGGAGUUUUACCACUAAGGAAAAACAACUCUGUCCUCCAAGGCUCUAGAUUCUGGGGCGUCACUCUCCAUAGGCCAACCAGUGACACUUCUGACCAUGCUUUCCCCUCCCUGGCUCUCUGUCUGUAACCUCUGUUAGUCUACACAUGAAUGAGCACUUGGCCAGCAAGCACCUAUCAAGUGAGCUUUUUUAGUUUUUGGGAAUUGCUUGUCUUUGACAUCAGAAAAAGCCCAAGUAGGUUAUUGUUGAUUUGUGUUUGAGUUGACGCCUUAUCUGAAACUCUUGUAUUUCUUACAAUGUAGAACAUUCUAGUGGAAAAUGACCCUGGAACAGUUAAUUCUGAACAUAAUAAACUCUGACUUAAUCUUACUGUGCCACUGAAGACUUGUUGUUUUUCACAAUGUGUGGGUAUUCUACCCUGUGUGGACUAUCCAGCAGAGUGUAAACCCCCCCACACACACACCUUUUGUUUCCUUUCGCUGUAACAUUCUGUGUCUGGACGUUUCCUUUGUCCCCAUUCGCUGUAACAUUCUGUGUCUGGACGUUUCCUUUGUCCCCAUUCGCUGUAACAUUCUGUGUCUGGACGUUUCCUUUGUCCCCAUUCGCUGUAACAUUCUGUGUCUGGACGUUUCCUUUGUCCCCAUUCGCUGUAACAUUCUGUGUCUGGACCUUUCCUUUGUCCCCAUUCGCUGUAACAUUCUGUGUCUGGACGUUUCCUUUGUCCCCAUUCGCUGUAACAUUCUGUGUCUGGACGUUUCCUUUGUCCCCAUUCGCUGUAACAUUCUGUGUCUGGACGUUUCCUUUGUCCCCAUUCGCUGUAACAUUCUGUGUCUGGACGUUUCCUUUGUCCCCAUUCGCUGUAACAUUCUGUGUCUGGACGUUUCCUUUGUCCCCAUUCGCUGUAACAUUCUGUGUCUGGACGUUUCCUUUGUCCCCAUUCGCUGUAACAUUCUGUGUCUGGACGUUUCCUUUGUCCCCAUUCGCUGUAACAUUCUGUGUCUGGACCUUUCCUUUGUCCCCAUUCGCUGUAACAUUCUGUGUCUGGACCUUUCCUUUGUCCCCAUUCGCUGUAACAUUCUGUGUCUGGACGUUUCCUUUGAAUAAACAACUUUUGGUUAUUCUGUCAAA